UCCUCUCCCGGCGCAUGCGCAGGACGUAUAAGUUGACAAGGGGAGCCCAAAUGACAAUAGUGUAGUUUAUAAGGAAGGGAGAAGCAGGUACUGCGGGUUCGGGCCAGUUCUGAGGACGACUGCUUUCGUCGCCAUGACGGCGAACGAGGACCAGGAGAUGGAGUUAGAAGCAUUACGAUCAAUUUAUGAAGGUGAUGAGUGUUUUAGGGAACUUAGCCCAAUUUCAUUUCAAUAUAGGAUAGGUGAAAAUGGAGAUCCUAAAGCGUUCCUGAUAGAAAUAUCAUGGCCAGAAACAUACCCCCAAACAUCUCCAGCCAUAUCUAUGGAUGCAUUCUUCAACAAUGCCAUAUCCUCAGUUGUAAAGCAAAGUAUAUUGAAUAAAUUAAUGGAAGAAGUUGAAGUUAACCUUGGGACCUCUAUGACAUACACCAUUUUUGAAUAUGCCAAAGACAAUAAGGAGUUAUUAAUGGAAAAUCAACCUGUUAAUACUGUGACAGCAUUGAACAACUGCAUCUCAACUGGACAUUCUGAUGUUGCACAACCAAGUAAGAAAAAAGAGAAAAAAGAACAAUUGUCAAAAACACAAAAACGAAAGCUAGCAGACAAAACAGAUUCCAAAGGGGAGCUUCCUCGAGGAUGGAAUUGGGUUGAUGUAAUCAAGUAGCAUCUAAGCAAAACAGGCUCCAAGGAUGAUGAAUAAGAGGACUUUGAUAUAGGAAAAUGUUAACUACAGUGCAAUGCAGUCAGCCUCCUUUGUCUCUUUUAUCACUUUUUAUAAAAUGAUAGUUCCUGACAUGCAUAAAUGUACAAAAGUGUACUGAUCAACAGGGAUAUUUUCCUGGUUUUUAUUACUUCAUAACACACAUUUGCCUUUUAGGAAAGUGUGCUGAAGAUGGUGUCAUUCUCAUUGGUUGUCACUAAAUUUUACAUAUAAUAAUAUACACUUUAAGUUUAUAUUAAUUCACUAGCUGUUCUAAAUCACUGAAAUCUUUCAUGGUGAAUCAGCGAAAGCGGACAUGAAGAAUGUUUGUCUCUUCAGAUACUGUUGGAUGCAUCUUCCAUUGCCCCAUUAGCUACAGUUGAUGAAAGUUCAGUCUAACAGCAUCUUAGUGAUACAGGUGUCUCAUCCAUGAUCCAAGAACAUAGUUAAUUUAGAAUUCCUGUCCUUCUAGAAAAGGUCAUACCUCUUAAUAACAGUCAUUUUUAUUAUGUUCUCAUGUUUGCCUUUAGACUCUCAGGGAGUAAUUCCCAAACUUGUAUCCUUAGAUAUUAUUGGACUACAAUUCCCAGAAUUCAUGAACACUGAGCAUGCUCACUGAAGUUCUAGGAACUGAAAUCCAACAACAUCUGGAAAUUCAAAUUUGGGGACCACUGCUCCAAAGGAUUAACAGCUUUGUAUUAUAUUUAAUUCUUGCUUAAUGAUUUCUGUGUAAUAUCAUGUACCAUUGAUUUCUUAUCCAUCUGUUUGGUUUUGUGAAGUAUCAAUAUAAGUGUAUUGUCCUAGGCUAAAGUUACAAAAAAAAAUUCAAGAAGCUUGAGCCAUUGUAUUUUUUUUAAAAAAAAAAAAAGGUGUUUUACAGCCCAAUCCUUGUAUUCAACAAUGAAAUAACAUAGCUUUUCUUCUGUAAUAUUGUCAUUAUCUGUUACACAUCACUUGUGAUACAGAAAACAAAACUAUACCAUUAUACACUAAAGGGGAGCAAUGUUUACAUCCAUUUUCAUGGCAACUCUGCCACUACCCUACUCUUCACAAUGAUGUGUAGUAAUGCCCUCAUCCCACCCCAAGAUUGUUGAAGCACAAGCAAGAAAAUUGCAGCACUCUCCAGCUCAAGCCUGUAAUGCAAUGGACAGCAGGGUUCUUUCAGGCAGGUGCCACCUUAUGUUCCAGGCCUCUUUUUGGCCAGUGGUUGAAUCUUCUGGCAGCCUACAUAGUAGCAGAAUUGCAGUUUUAAUCCUUCUUCGAAAGAAACUCAGUCGAAAGAAAAAAAUAUUAUUCUAUUGACAUAGCAGGUAACACAUAAACUAGUGAGCAACAGGUGGGCAUGCUCUUAGGUAUACCCUAAGAAAAAUGUAAUCAGUGACCAUAGACUUAGUAAAAAUGAGAUCUGAUGUUCAAUUCUAGAUAAAAUGUCUAUGUAGAAAAAAGAUGGAAGAUCUAUGAACAUAGGAAAACCAGAGACAGGGCAGAGUCCUGAUCAAUUGGAAUAAAUGAUUCGUGAAACAAUGCUGUGUUUAUUUGUUUCACAAUGCCUGUCAUUUUGACAAGGCCCCUUCAUCUUUCCCAUGAUCCUUCAAUUCCUAUUUCAGCAACCAUUUUCCAUACACCUAUUGUUCCAUUACUUGGCUUAUUAUCACACUAACAGGAGAGGGCAGGUGGAUAGUGAAUUGGCUAGGAUAUAUCCUAUUGUUCUUGCUAGUCUGGUAAUGGCAACAAAUCCUCAACCGUUGUCAUUUGUUAAAUUAUGGGGAAGAAAGGGGCUCUUCACAAAACUCACAGAUGCCUGUCACUGAUCCAUCCAGUUGUAGUCAGAUCUCUUGCAGGUAUAAUCCAGUCUGCCCUUAAAGGAAAUGCCACACUUUCUGUGACUGCUGUUGCUGGAGAUCAGAAAUCUUACAAGUUACAGUAUCAUUCAUCUGUCUCUAAAAAUUAACUUUAAAUGUAAGAUUUUCUAAACGAAAUGGAUAACAGAGCCAACAGCUAACAAAUGCCAUGCUCUGUAGUCUAUAACACACUAACUAGAAAGUAAGCACCAGUUAAGACAGCUGAACUUAACCCAAGUAUAGGGUUUUACCAUAUAAAAAUCUGUGAUUAAGAUGUUACUGUCACACAAAUACAUUUCCUUCAUUGAAAAUGUGUAUGUUGUAGUUCAUGCUUAUCCUUCUCAAAAGGUAGCAUGGAACUAGCUCUUGGUGCUGUUUUUAUUUCAGUUUCCAUUGUUUUCUUCUCUUGGAAAUAUAGGAAUUGACCUAAGUUUUCUUGUAUUUAUUAAUGGAUAAAGGGAUGGAGGUAACCAUUCCACCAAAUGAGUAGAUAUAAUGGAACUUAUAUGGAUGUGCUGUCUUGUGUCUGAAAGUUCUCUUUACCAGAUAAAUAGUAACAGAACAUAAGAUGCCUUAAUGCCAUCUAUUUUUUAUUGUUGACCAGAGGAGUUUAAAUAAAUAUCUAUUUAUCUUC